AUAUAUUAUGUAACAUACUUCAGUCUUGAUUUAGCUACCAACCGCUACGGUCAUCUCAUUUAUUAUAAUAAAGCUCUUAGUACAAAUAAUCAUUGUUACUCUCUUCAUUUCUUUCUUACAGUCCACUUAUACUCCGCUCGAACAUUGGUCCUUUUUCGCCACAUGUAGAACAUUCGUUUAAUAAAAAAUAAAAUUCUAAAUUCAAUAACUGUCUACUGUCCCAUUUAAUCCAUCCCCUUUGUGUGUGUGAAAGAGCUCGUGUCGCAAAAAACUAAACGGCAUUUAUGUAUAUUCAGUUCUUAAUAUCACCAUGAGCAACGCAGCUAGUUUAACGAAGCGAGAUACGGCUCGCAAUUCCAUCAGGCGCUAUAUGGUGAGCAGUAAAAAAGCCGAGUCAUUUGAUGCAGCUGAGAUCGAUGUCUAUCUCGGACUCCUCGCCGAGCAGUGGGAUAAAUUCCAAGCAGCCCAACAAGAAGUGGAACUUUCGUGUGGAGCAGAAACUAUUGCAGAGCAAGAGUCUGAACGUGAACAAGGCGAGACAUGGUAUCGAGAAGCUCUUACAAAUUUCACACGUGCACGCAACAAAAUCAAAAACGAUCCUCCCGGCACCAGCAAGGAGGUAGUUACAGUUGAUAAAUUGCUGCACGCUGCUCGAACAGACAUUCGUUUACCUCCAAUGAAAUUACCAUGCUUUGAUGGGAAUUCGAAAGAAUGGAAACCCUUUGAAGAUGCAUUUACCGCAUUCAUCCAUGGUGAGUCGUCGAUUUCCAGCGUCCAAAAAUUACACUUUUUGUUGAGCAGCCUUCAAGGUCCAGCUCUACAAGUUGUUAAAGGUUUUCGCAUCACGAGCAACAACUAUGACGAGGUUUGGGAACUAUUGAAAAAGCGCUACGACUCUACGAGAAUCAUUGUCGAUUCGCAUUUUCAAGCGCUUUUCUCUCUCAAAAAAAUAAAUACAGAGUCUUCUGCUGCCAUAAGAUGUCUCUUAGAUGAAACUCAAGAGCAUUUCCGUUCUCUCAAGGCUAUUGGGAGACCUGUCGAUAAUUGGGAUGACUGGCUACUUCAUCUAACUAUCAGCAAGCUUGAUAUCGAGACGCAUAGGCAGUGGGAGCUGACUCAGACUGGAAAUAAAGUUGCGAACUUUAACGAACUUGUGACAUUUUUGGAAAACAGAUGUCGUUCAUUAGAUGCCAUCAUCUGCCACCAGCAAACAUCCAGCAGCAAGAACCAAACAAGUCAACAAGUGAAAGGUAAAAAAUCAAGUUCACUUCAUUGCGCGACACCUGCGACAGCUGUAGCACCUAGCAAGAAAAUUCAAGGACGUCGUUUUCGUCGUCAGGUUCAAAACCACGUGUGCCCAUAUUGCUCAGGUAAGCACUUUAUCUUUACUUGUGACAAGUUUCGUUCUACAGAAGUUCCAAGACGAAUCUCAUUUGCGAACGACAACAAUUUAUGCUCCAAUUGCUUGGGAUCUGGUCAUAACCAAACCAAUUGUCAAAGUAAAUACACGUGUCGAGUCUGUAACGCCCAUCAUCACACGCUUUUACAUUGCGAGUCACCAUCAGACUCCAGUGUAUCGCAAACCACAUCUACCCCCAGCUUCACGCCAGCAUAUGCUUCUCAUUCUAAGCAUUAUGUACUUCUUGGUACCGCAAUGGUACAGGUUAUGGACAAGUCUAAUAGGCCUCAGCCAGCCAGGCUCCUUUUCGACAAUGGAUCACACGCUUCCUUCAUUAGCGAAAGUUGUGUACAGCGACUUCAUCUAAGGCGUACAUCAGUGACUACAGCAAUUGAAGGAAUUGGCGCUACAGACGCCGGGUCCUCGAAAGGCGAAGUCGAACUUACCUUAACCUCACUUGAUCAAAAGUUUUCAACAACAAUUAAUGCUCAAAUUUUGAACAAAAUAACGAGCCAUCUACCGCCGGUUCCAGUUCAUAACUACAAUUGGCCACAUAUCAGUGGACUCGCACUAGCAGAUCCAUGCUUCAACAUACCUGCAGCCAUCGAUUUAUUAAUUGGAUCUGAUGAGCUAAGCCAAUUUCUAUGCACCGGAUUGAUCAAAGGCCCAGUUGGCACACCAAUUGCUCAGAACUCCACACUUGGGUGGGUAUUAAUGGGCAAAGUGUCGGACUCAACUCCAAUGCCAGCUCCAGUGCCAACAUAUACCGCUUCUUCUCUGUGCCUAUUCACCAAUGCUGCUUUAACAAAAGCAGUGUCUAGACUUUGGGAAAUAGAGUCGUUGCCUGAAGUAUAACACCUUACCAUCGAG